GCUGAGCGGGUGGAGGCCGGCAGCCGGCCGGGGAGGCACAGUCUGGGCUGCUGCAUACCGGUCUGGCCAUGGCAGCGGCACCUCUGAAAGUGUGCAUCGUGGGCUCGGGGAACUGGGGUUCAGCUGUUGCAAAAAUAAUUGGUAAUAAUGUCAAGAAACUACAGAAGUUUGCCUCCACAGUCAAGAUGUGGGUCUUUGAGGAAACAGUGAAUGGGAGAAAACUGACAGACAUCAUAAAUAGUGACCAUGAAAAUGUCAAAUAUCUCCCUGGACACAAGCUGCCAGAAAAUGUGGUCGCCGUCUCCAAUCUCAGCGAGGCUGUGCAUGAUGCAGACCUGCUGGUGUUUGUCAUCCCCCACCAGUUCAUUCACAAAAUCUGCGAUGAGAUCACUGGCAGAGUACCCAAGAAAGCACUGGGGAUCACCCUCAUCAAGGGCAUAGACGAGGGACCCGAGGGACUGAAACUCAUUUCUGACAUCAUCCGGGAGAAGAUGGGCAUUGACAUCAGUGUGCUGAUGGGCGCCAACAUUGCCAGCGAGGUGGCUGCGGAGAAGUUCUGUGAGACCACCAUUGGCAGCAAAGUCAUGGAGAACGGCCUUCUCUUCAAAGAACUUCUGCAAACCCCCAAUUUCCGAAUAACUGUGGUUGAUGAUGCAGACACGGUUGAACUUUGUGGUGCUCUUAAGAACAUUGUGGCCGUGGGAGCUGGGUUCUGCGAUGGCCUCCGCUGUGGAGACAACACCAAAGCCGCCGUCAUCCGCCUCGGCCUCAUGGAAAUGAUCGCUUUCGCCAGGAUCUUCUGCAAGGGCCAGGUGUCCACAGCCACCUUCCUGGAGAGCUGUGGGGUGGCUGACCUGAUAACCACCUGCUACGGAGGGCGGAACCGCAGGGUGGCAGAGGCAUUCGCCAGAACCGGGAAGACCAUUGAAGAAUUGGAGAAGGAGAUGCUGAAUGGGCAGAAGCUCCAAGGACCUCAGACUUCUGCUGAAGUAUACCGCAUCCUCAAACAGAAGGGACUCAUGGAUAAGUUUCCAUUGUUUACUGCCGUGUAUCAGAUCUGCUACGAAGGCCGACCUGUCUCAGAGAUGCUGUCCUGUCUCCAGAGCCAUCCAGAGCACAUCUAACGGGAAUCACAUAACGGGCUGGGGAAAGUCCUGCCUCUCCUAUCAGUCUUUUGGGUUCAUGUGGAAACCAACACUUGGCAACAAGAGAUUUGCCCAAUCGUGCUCCCAACACGGACAUGUAUGAAUUGUUACAGGUUCGUUUUUUAAUUACGAGAGGCAGUUCGUUGGCUCAACUGUACAGGGCAACAACUAAACACACAUGUGGGCAUGUGUGUUCACUUCUCAUUGUGUGGGUGUUUCUACUAAUCAAUAUUAUAUAUCCUUUUUAAAGAUCACAUUUGAAAUUUCCCCACUGUGGUACUCUAUAAGAUUGGGACUAUCUCAGCUAAAUUUUUUAGGUGUACUUCAUAUGUAUUUGAGUGGAUGAAUUAUUUUUUUUCUCCUUCUUUUGAUGAUAAAUUUAACCAACAUUAAAAUGGUUGGUAGGAUGAGGAA